CUGAUGAGUUGAAUCUAAAUAAACUGGCAUUAUUAAAUUAUUUAUUUAUUAUGGCAUUCAUGUUUUUGUCCACAGACACCUGUGCACAUAGUAUAGUAUAUGCAAGGAGAAUCAGAGCAAGAUAAGUACAAUAUUAUUGUGUGACGUACACCAAUUUUUUUGUUGCCUAUUUGGAUAUACAGCUCAGAUUUAUUUAUUUAUUUAUUCAUUAUUUUUUUUACACAAGGUACCACCUGAAAACAAACUUUCCAAGUAGCCUACCUCCAUCAUGACCAACCUCAAAAUAUGGUGCUGUGCAAAGCCACUGUGACUUUAUGCAGUUUGAACAUUAACACUGCACUUAUAUGAGUUCAAUAAAAACAGUGCCAAAAUAAACGUUUUUAAACAAAUAGUGUAGUUUGUAAAGAUUAAAUAUAAAAUGUUUCAAAAAUGACGGCACGGUGGAUCAGCUGGAAAAAGCGUCGGCCUCACUGUUCUGGGGUCCGGGGUUCAAUCCCGGACCCGCCUGAGUGGAGUUUGCAUGUUCUAUGUUCAACAAUAAUUGGACACUGUAAAUUGCCCCAAGGUGUGAUUGUGAGUGCGGAUGUUUGUCUCCAUGUGCCCUGGGACUAGCUGUCAACCAAUUUAGGGUGUCCCCUGCCUCCUGCCCGUUGGCAGCUGGGAUAGGCUCCAGCACUCCCCGUGACCCUCGUGAGGAUAAGCGGCAAAAGAAAAUGGAUGGAUAGAUGUUUCAAGAAGUUUGAUCAAAGUCAAAUGCACUUGAGGUGAUUCUUUAGUGUACCACAAGAGGGCAUCCGUGUGUCGCUUGUGGUAUGUCCACAUCUCUUCAAAAAUCACUCCGAUUAAAAUCUGCUAUAUGCAAAAUUGAUACCGCAAAAGUUGGAAAUGGACACUUACUGUACUCCCCCUAACAUUCUCUAACGCUCAGGCAAACGGGGACACGCGCAUCAGUGAUGAGUUCGAAUCGUUCACUUUCAUUUUAAAAGGAAAGCAACGGUGAGGAGCGCUCAGGCAGCCGCGCACUAUCUGCAAUGCCCAAGUCACCAUCAGCACAGCAGCUGGAGUGGCUCGAUUUUCCACUUUGAAUAAUUCCAUUAGUAAUGAAACCCCAAACAAUUAAAACAACAACAAACUAAACAAUUGCUCCCAAGGGAGGUUUGUUCGUGAUGAUCGGAUUCUGGAGUUAUAGCUCCGUUUUUUUAAUGCCACCAGAUUUCCACUGAGCCACCGAGACGCACCUGAGUCUCUUGAACGGCCAAGGCGCGCCUCGCACCCGGUCGAUGCCGACGCCGACGCCGACGCCGACCCCGACCCCGACGGUCAUCAUGACGAUGAAUGGUGACGGACGUUCGCUCGCCGCGGCGCCGCUGGACCUGAGCACCAACCAUCGGGGGAACACCUCGUCCACAUCGCCGCCGGACUGCGGAGGUUGCCGGAGGGAGCCGGUGCCCUCACCUGCACCACCGUCUCACACUUCGGAUACGCUUGCCCGGGCCCCGGUAUCCUCUCGCAAGAGGCCGGCGAACAGCUCUUCCCUCCGGCUUCCUUUUCGUAAACGGCCGAUCGCUGUGGCGUCGGAGGAACGAACCUCCGGAGAAGCGGAGAGAGCGGAGGGUCUUUCCCGUUUGGGAGAGGCUGACGUACCGCCCCGGGAGACGGAACCAAGCCACCUGGGGCCGUCCGCAGACGCUCGGCUAGCCGUUGCUCCGGUAACCCCGAUGCAUGCUGAGGACGCUGCGUCGAGUGCUGACGCCUGUCCGGUCCACAUCGUACCCUCGUUCACUUAUGGUCACUACCCAGUGUACCACUACCCGGAGUUGGAUCAUCUUGGGUUCCACCCCCCACACAACCUGCUGGCUUGCGUCGCUCUGGCUACUCGGCAAGAUGAAGACGGAGACACAGCUCUACAUAUAGCGGUGGUGCAAGGGGAGUUGACCAUCGUUCACCAAAUCAUCCAUCAGGUGCGGUUCGCAGGCCGAAGCCUCGAUCUCUACAACAACCUCCGACAGACUCCCCUUCACCUGGCAGUGAUCACCCAGCAAGUGAACAUGGUGGAGGCCCUGCUGAGGGCCGGGUCCGACCCCUCCGCUUUGGACCGCAACGGCCAGACGGCUCUGCACCUCUGCUGCGAGUAUGACCAUCCAGAAUGUCUCUCCUUGGUUCUCUCAUUUCCCUCAUCUGCCGCCUGCCUGGAGAUGAAAAACUUUCAGGGUUUGAGCCCUCUCCAUCUGGCUGUGCUCCGCGGCCACAGAGAUUUGGCCGCCAUGCUGCUGAGAGCGGGAGCUGACGUCAAUACCAUGGACAUCAAGAGUGGCCAGAGUCCCCUCAUUCUUGCAGUGGAGAGUAACAACGCAGAGAUGGUCCGCUUCCUCAUUGAGGGUGGCUGUGAUGUGAACAGGCCGUCGUACAGCGGCAACACGGCCCUGCACAGCGCCUGUGCCAGGGGCCAGACAGACGUAGUGCGAGCGCUGCUGACGAGCGGUGCCGACGGUAGCCAAAACUACCACAACGAUACACCCCUCAUGCUGGCCAUGAACAAGAAGAUAGCAGAUAUAUUACGAGGGAGAGGGUCAAAGUCCACACGAGUUCCUGAUCAACACAGAACAUCAGUGUCGCCGCACUGCAGCAACUUCACGACCAGCAGUUCCCCAUCUUCGAGCCACAGUCGUGGUUGUUCCCCCUCGACGAUACCACAUGGCUCCCAGCACGGCGCCCCCCACUCACCGAGGAGUCCGCCUGUGCUCACUUCUCCAUUUUACUAGCCCAGGGUCCUUGUACAUUGACACCAGCAACUACAGGAUGCAGAACCCCACAUGCUGUUUUUGUUUUCUUACAGUGUGCACUCAAACGGAAUGGAGUGGCCAGUUUUAAAAUGCCUUCUACCUUGGACCUACCAAAAAAGAAGAAAAAAAGCUGAAGGGAAAAUGACCAAAUUUUGAUUGUGAUGAUAAAAAAUGGUCGUUUGCCUGGAUUUAUCGGCGUCAAAAGGGAAGUACAAUAAUGAUACGGGAGUUUAGUCCUAAAGUCAGAAUUAUAGUCAAAAUAUGUUCGGAGCUUUUGUGACUAUUUUUCAAAUGCAACUGAAAUUGUAAUCAUGAACAUUUCCAAAAACAACUGUAAUUUAGUUCCACAUUUUCUCCAAGUCCAGUUGUGUAACGGAUUGCAAUUACAUACAUUUUGUAAUUAAUUACAUCAUGUAGUUCCAUGUGCCAUAUACUCCCCAACACUGCUCAAGUUAUGGGAUGCUGGGUGGAUGGUGCUGCGUUCACUGCCUCCAUCUAGCAGCGAUUUGGCUCUGGUUUGAUUGUACCCCAAAUUUGGGUUUACAAAAAGAAAAAAAAAAAUAGAGAAAAAAAGAAAAAACUCAAAACUCGGAAAACUCGUUAGUUGACGCACGCAUAAAUCGAGGUACUGCUAUAUUUUUAAAGUGACUCACAACCUUUAAACGUCAUAACUACAGCACAGUAAAUAGUCGCAUUACACUUUUGAGCCAUAAAUGAAACAAUCUAAAAAAAACACAAAUACGAUAUCUUUUCUAAUCCUGCUGUGCAAACUAAAGUGUUUGAGCGUAACCCCCCAAAAAAGUGUACAAUACAUCGGGACUGUCAAGGACGGAAAAUGCAUUAGUUGUGUAAGAUUUUUGUUUGUUUUACAUACAUUCACUACUUACAAAAAGUUAGGGAUGUGGACUUUUGGGUGAACACCCAGGUGGACCUGAUUUGAUGGUUUUCUUAAUUUUUGAAUAUUAACUUUUUUCCACAUUUCAGUAUUUUUGCACAACUUGCUGUUCUCUAUUAAGGAGCUGAUUCACAACAUUCACAACAGGAUUUUAUCACAUGAAACUGUUUGAGGACAUCCACCUUUCUGUGACUCCUCCAUUCCCUGUGUGUUUCUAUUGCCCUAACUUGUGGUCAGUAGUGAAUAUUUUUUUGUGUGUGCAUGUGUGUGUGUUAUUCUACUUUUGUCA